CGCUCUCCUGCGCCGGAAAUGUCAAGUCUCGGGAUUCGCCGAGUGCUGAUGUGGUCCAAGAGAUUUCACGCAUCCAGAUUCGUGGUUCGGUGUUCGGUGUUUUAAAUGCAGUGACACGGAGACUGAGAGAAGAGGCGACACACGGAAGUUCAUGUGAAGAGCGAACAGCUGCAGCAGCGGGUCACAGAGAGAAUGGCGCCCAAAGGGAAAGUCGGCACGAAGGGAAAGAAGCAGAUCUACGAGGAGAAUGAGGCCACUCUGAAGUUCUACACAAGAGUCAUCCUCGGAGCUAACGCGAUACACAUUACCGUAAAUCUUUUGGUUUUCUACAGUUCAUCUACCUUUUGGACAUGGCUGCUGCUCAUGUUUGCACUAGCCGUAUAUGUCGGGUGUUACCGCUCCAUGACUAUGAUGGCCAAGCCAGCAUUUGCUGAGGAUGGAAGUCUCCUGGACGGGGGAAUCGACCUAAACAUGGAGCAGGGAAUGGCAGAGCACCUGAAGGACGUGGUCCUGCUCACAGCCAUCGUUCAAGUGCUCAGCAUAAUCUCCUCUUAUUUCUGGUACCUCUGGCUGCUGGCCCCGGCUCGAGCCAUGCACCUGCUCUGGGUGAACUUCUUGGGCCCCUGGUUCAUGGCAGACAACCCAGCAGCGCCAGAGGAAGUGAACGAGAAGAAGCAGAGGAGACAAGAGCGCAGACAGCAGAAGAGAUUCUGAUGGUGCAGAGCAGACGGAGCAGUAUUUUUAUACACAGAAUCGAAUAUACCGAUAGGAACUCAUAAGUUAUUCAGGAUGACAUUUUGUGAUUAAAUUAAAACUCAAUCCGAAUCUGAUCGAGUGGAAUCUUGUUUUCCAUGUUUUCUUCCCACUUUCUCUUCUAAUCCAAUCUUCUCCUUAAAUUAUGAAAUGAAAUGUUCCCUGUUUGGAUUAAGUCACUGUCUGAAUAUCAUUUGUCCUCAUGCGGAGAUUUAAGAGCUUUUGUGUUGUACGGUCCCGUUACACUGCCCCCUGAGGAUCUCCUUUCUCCUACACCCUGUAUACCUCCAAUAACCCAAAUGAGUCCAAACUGACUUUUUUCCUUCAGUGCCACUUUUUUCAUUGUGCAUCUUUGUAUUUUUUAUUCUCUGGUCCGACAGAAGUCAUCGACCCUUCGUUUCACAACUGAGCGAUUUCAUUCUUGAGCUGGUAAAAUCCACUGGUUAUAAUCAAGUUUUUACUGGGAACAUUUUUGCAAUAAAAAUCUGUAUCACAAUGUC